AUAAAUUCGACCUUGACCUUAAGGCUGUUAUUUUGAAAUUAAUCAAAGAGGUUUUUGAUUAGUUUUCUCUCUAAUUGGUAAAUUUUAUGAUUGAUUUUGAGUAAAUAUUUAGUGGCUUUAUAAACAGGAUAUAUAUUAUCGUCUUUGAAUAAAUUUCUUAUUAAAAAUCAAAAUUUUCUUUUAUUCGGCAAGUUCAGACAAGACAAAUGCAUAAAAAGAAUUAUUAAAAUGGAAUUAGAAAAAAGUACCAGAAAGACCAAACAAAAGAUGCCAUCACUAAAUGAUCGGCUGGGUCAACUUCGUCCAUCUAGGGAAUUGCUAGAGUUUUACAGGAAAAAGUUACUAGAAUAUGAUUGUGAACAUGAUAGUAUGGUAGAGAGAUUAGAAAAGUACAAAAUGACUUAUGAAGAACAGCAUAAAAUAGAAUGGGAGAUGAAACAAAGGGAAGAGGAAAUAACAGAAUUACAAAAAGCUCUAAGUGAUAUGCAGACGUAUCUGUUUCAAGAAAGAGAGCAUGUCCUUCGUCUCUAUGCUGAAAAUGAUCGUCUUAAGAUUCGAGAGAUUGAAGAUCGAAAAAAAAUUCAUCUUUUGCUAUCUUUAAGUGGUCUAACUGAGAGAGAAGUGUCUUAUUUCCUAAAGGAACCACCCUCAGCAGCUGUUAUACAGCAAAAGCUUCCUCAAAAGCUUCGACAAGAAUUAGAAAGAUUACACUUGGAUGAAAAAAUUUAUCCGAAACAGGGUUCCAAGAAGUUUUCAAGUAAAGAUCCAAAAAAAAAACAGACUAAUGGUAUUUAUGAACGUGACAACGAAUCACUAGCCUUGCAGGUAGAGGCCUUACAAGCUCAAUUAGCAGAGCAGACCAAAUUAGCCAAAGAACAGAUGGAGGCUUUGUUAGAGGAUAGGAGAGUAAGGCAAGAAGAGUCUGAUACUAGAGCCUCCAGGGAUCAAGAAAAAUUGAGACAAAUGCAAGAAAAAUUAAAUAAGGCCCAAGAUCUACUUUACGAUUCUACUAAACAAUUUCUCCAGCAAAGAGCAGACUCUAGGGCCCAAGAGUUAGCUGCCGUUAAGGAAAAAGACCUCCUUUUACGACAACUGGACGAUGCAAAGUGUAAAUUAGAACGAACAAUAACUUUUAAUCCUCACCAAGAUAUAGAUACAAAUAGCUUUGAUUCUACCGAUAACAAAUUACAUGCGGAAGAAGAAAUAACCAUACUUAGAGAUGAUUGCGAAAAAGCUCAAGAGCUUGCAGAAAUGUACCGCGAGCAAGUUAUUCAGUUAGAAGAAGAAUUGUCAAAAAUUCGUGAGGAAGGUGAUGUUGGAAAGGAACUUUUUAAGGAAAGAGCAGAAAAGAUGGCCAAAAGAUUAGACUUGAUGAAUCAACGAUAUCAAGAAUUAGAGAAAAGAAGAAUAUUAGAGGUUGAAGGAUUUAAGACGGAUAUUAAGAAUUUAAGAGAGAAAAUUAAAAGUCUAGAGAAGCAGCUGUUUAGGAUAACAAUUGGUGUUGGAGAUGACUUGGCAGAAUUAUCAAAAUUGAAAAAGCCAGACGAAAUUGACAUGGCAAUGUUAAGAAGAAUACACUCAUCCGCUCAGAGAUCAAAGUACAUGGUUGGAGAAUUAAAAAAUUUAAAAAGUAAAGUAUACGGAAUGGAAGCCGAUCUGAGAAGAAUGUAA